GCCAGAGCUGCGCGAUGGCUGCCGCACGGUUGCUGUUGCGCCUCGCCGGGCGCCUGGAGUCAGUGAGCUUCACACAGAGCGUGUGUGGACUCCUGGGCGCCGGGCAGGGACCCGGGCCGUGGCACACGCAUUGCAGCUUGGAGCGAGGACAGCUUGUCCUCUCUAGAAAUCCAUUCCCCGGCGCUUCGGAGAGGCUUCCAAUCCAGAGACCUCUUUUCUGCCCUUUUGCGGCUCUGGACCAGCAGCCUGAGGUCUACAAGACAGAGCCGCUCACAAAUAGAGGUGUAGAUCUGGGUGUGGCGGUCAUUCUUCAGUCCAGUGACCAGACUGUAUUGUUGACCCGAAGGACAUGCACUCUCCGAAUUUCCCCCAAUCUGUGGGUCCCUCCAGGUGGGCACAUGGAACCUGAUGAGGAGAUACUGGAGUGUGGGUUUCGAGAGCUCUCGGAAGAGUGUGGACUACAGCUGCCCAAGAACCAGUUUUCUUGUGUCCUUCUGGGGUUAUGGGAGUCUGCCUACCCUCCUAGGCUGAGCUGGGGCCUCCCCAAAUACCAUCACCUCAUUCUCUACGUACUCGUGAUCUCCGAGGAGUCCCAGGAGCAGCUCCAGGCCAGGAUCCAAGUAAAUCCAAAUGAGGUGAAUGCUUUUAUGUGGCUGGGACCAGAUGUAGUGGCAGCUGUGGCUGCCACAGAAGAUGGGACAAAGACACCUGGACUUUUCUCCCAGGACCUACCACUCUCUGUCUGUGCAACUGAACUGCGGGACGAUGGAGGAACCCAACCUCUGGUCCUGCCCAUGCCCACACUCACGCAGACAACCCCAACCACAGCAGAGGAGGACAAAGAGAGGAUCAGCGCUGGAACCAAGUUUGCCCUCCAGCUCUGGCUGCAACAUCUGGGCAGAUGAGGUAAAAGUGAUGUUCACAAAGACCACAGACCAGCAAAGGAAGCCUGGCAACCCAAGACCUGGGAUGUCCUUCAAGAUGGAAGGAGAGGCCCUACUCCAUAAAGCUGCCCUCUGACUUCCACAUGCAAAACCAUGGUGCACGUGCCCACAUACACAGUAAUAAACACUUUAAAUGCUCUUUUUUUUUUCUUUUUUUUUUAAGUGAAAGGAUGGAACAUGGACCCUCUGCCCCACAAACCCUGGGUCUGGAAAGCGAGGUACAACAUCUCUUCCCCUCCUUGACGCUCACAGAACAUUCACAACCUUUAUUGUAGGCGAGAACUCUGCUACAACUCUGGGAAUAAAAAGUAAAAAUCAC